UGUUCAGUGUUUUAAUGCACUUAUUUUGUGAGCAUAGCUUUUGGAGGUGUAUCAUUUCCUGUCAUGUUCUAUACAGCUUUGGCGGUACUGUUGUCUGUCUGGAGAACAGCAUCAAGCGCAGACCCCUGCAACCCGAGCCCCUGCCUGUACGGGUCAUGUUACUAUGAUCCUAUCAGCAGCCGAUACAAGUGUAUCUGUCACCAGGGCUGGAUUGGUGUUGACUGUGAUCAAACCGAUACGAGUGCUCCCGAUCCCUGUUCCUCAAACCCGUGCUUCCAUGGAACGUGCACCAGCCAUGGAACGAAUUUCACGUGCACCCAGUGUCAAAGCGGUUUUACAGGGCCGAAUUGUAACCAAGGGUCAGACCCAUGCCAGCCAAAUCCAUGCAUGCACGGAUCAUGCUAUGUUAAUGGCGAAAACUUCUUCUGUAAGUGUGCACAAGGAUACACGGGAGCAACUUGUGGCACAAGUACGGAUCCCUGUAAUCCUAACCCCUGUGUUAACGGCAUUUGUUAUCACAGUAACAAUGACUUCACGUGUGUGUGCUCAAAGGGCUUCAUUGGAAAGACCUGCAAUCAAACUAUUGGUCCAUGUGGUUCCAGUCCAUGUCGACACGGAUCUUGCCUAAGUAACGGCAAUGACUAUGUCUGCCAGUGUCAAUCAGGACGGACUGGAAAAGAUUGUGACGUGUAUAUGUCUGCAGAUCCCUGCUAUGCGAACCCAUGUGUUCAUGGAACGUGUUUCAGUAGCUCGUCUGACUACUUUUGUAAAUGUCCAGCGGGAUUUACCGGGCAGAACUGUGAUCAACCUGACGAUCCAUGCACACCGGAUCCAUGUAGCGGCCAUGGUAACUGUGCGCGGUCAUCGGGAGACAGGGGAUACGCAUGCACGUGUUUCUAUGGAUACACUGGAGUUACCUGUGCUGCAGGCUUCGGUGGCCCCGGAAUUCUCUCUCCAGGCGAUUGUGUUGUAGGUGCAUGGGGACAGUGGUCGAAGGUCGCUGGAUUUGGAUCACAGGAUAGACAGAGGGUCGUUGUCCAACAGCCAUCACCAGGGGGCAAACCAUGCCCGUCAUUGUCGGAAAAUAGACACACCAACCAGUCCUGUGGCCUCAAUUGUCAAGCAACGAACCUGGUGUCCAACUUUAUGGCGCCUACUGGAAUAGGCUCGACAGGUUAUGGACAACUACGGGACUUGCUUAUUAUUCUAGACUCAUCUGGAAGUAUCGAACAAAAUAACUUUGAAAAUGCUAAAACACAGCUCAGCCGCCUCGUCGGAAUGUUUUGUCCUACUCCUGAUCCAUUUGCUGGAGAUCACCAGAAGGCAGCUAUGCUUUCAUUCAGCACUCGAGUCCAUGAAAUAUUUGAUUUUGAUGAUCUACAUACUACAAAUGAAGUACAGGCAAAGAUCCUCACUGUUGUAUACCGCAGUGGUGAAACUCAUACAGAACUUGCAUUUGAAUAUGCCAGAACUCAUAUGUUCAAUCGUACUAAAGGAAUGCGCUUCCGUGCAGACGUCAAGCAAGAGGUACUAUUCAUCACUGACGGCGUGUCAAAUGUCCCAAAUGAAACGUUAAAAGAGGCACUAGAGUUGCAGAAAUACGCCACGGUCUACGGACUUGCCAUUGGUGUCAGGAGCCAGGAUGGACAGAAGGAGAUGACCGACAGCACAUCAUCGCCCCCGAGUCGCCACCUAUUUAGUAUCCCUGGCUUUGACGACCUUGAAACAUUCGUCAAUGAAAUUCAAAGGCAGCUUCAACAUACCCAGUGUGCUCAAUUUCAGUAUUGACUGUUUUUGGUGUGUUUUAAUAAUAGUGCAACUAAUAAAUGAAACAAUUGUC